GCGCGCCGAAAAUUCUCUCGUUUCCAGAAUGGUGAGGUGAUAACGCACGGCCGCAAACAUUAAAGAAAAUCAUCAUCUACUAGCUUCAACUCAACGCAGUUACACUCUCAACUGUAAAUCCUUUUUCAUUCAUCUUCCAUCGUUAACCAAUGAACAACAACAAAAACUAAUUAUUGUUAAACGCUAAAAACCAAAAUCACUCACCUAUUUUUCCCUAUGCUUCACAUCGUCCCCACUGUGUCUUCACGGCACACUGUCACUUCAUUCUUUCCCUUCAAAUCCACUCACCCUCUUUCUUCUUCUUCUUCUUCUUCUUCUUCUUCUUCUUCUUCUUCUUCUUCUUCUUCACUCGCCUUCUACAUGGAACAACCUAAUCUUUUAUCCUUCAAGCUUAAACACUCUCACCAACCCCACCAAGCAAAUGCUGCAGUUUCUCCAAGGAAUGAGGAAUCAGUUGUUCAUGGACUAUCUGAAACGGUUGUUGGGGUUUUGGGUGGAGGUCAACUUGGCCGUAUGCUUUGUCAAGCUGCUUCUCAGAUGGCAAUAAAGGUUGUUGUUUUGGAUCCACAAGAUAAUUGUCCGGCUAGUUCGUUCUCGCAUCAUCACAUGGUUGGAAGCUUUGAUGACAGCGCCACAGUACAGGAAUUUGCAAAGAGGUGUGAUGUUUUAACAUUUGAAAUUGAGCACGUCGAUGUUACUACAUUGGAAAAACUUGAGAAACAAGGUGUUGACUGCCAACCUAAAGCCUCUACUAUACGAAUUAUUCAGGAUAAGUAUCAACAAAAGGUUCACUUCUCUCAGCAUGACAUUCCACUUCCUGAAUUUAUGCGGUUAGAUGAUCUCGAAGGUGCUAAGAAAGUAGGGAAACGUUUUGGAUAUCCUCUUAUGAUCAAGAGUAGGAGAUUAGCUUAUGAUGGACGAGGAAAUGCAGUUGCAAAAAGGGAAGAGGAGCUAACUUCUGCUGUAGAUGCUCUUGGAGGAUUUGAUCGUGGUUUAUAUGCUGAAAAAUGGGCACCUUUUGUCAAGGAAUUAGCUGUCAUUGUGGCGAGAGGGAGAGACAAUACAAUUUCAUGCUAUCCUGUCGUUGAAACUAUUCACAGGGAUAACAUAUGUCACAUAGUCAAGUCUCCAGCAGAUGUAAAAUGGAAGAUUAGGGAGCGUGCCACUGAAGUUGCUUUCAAUGCUGUUAACUCUUUAGAAGGUGCUGGUGUGUUUGCUGUUGAAUUGUUCUUGACUGAGGACGGAGAGAUUUUAUUAAAUGAAGUUGCACCUAGACCUCACAAUAGUGGGCACCACACAAUUGAAUCGUGCUACACCUCACAAUACGAGCAACAUUUACGAGCUGUUGUUGGUCUUCCUCUGGGUGAUCCAUCAAUGAAAACUCCAGCUGCUAUCAUGUAUAAUAUAUUAGGUGAAGAGGAGGGGGAGCUUGGAUUUCAAUUGGCUCAUCAAUUGAUGAAAAGGGCAUUGACCAUCCCCGGUGCUUCCGUUCAUUGGUACGAUAAGCCAGAGAUGAGAAAACAACGGAAGAUGGGCCACAUAACAAUUGUUGGGCCUUCCCUAAGCAAUCUUGACGGCAACCUUGCAACAAUAUUAGAAGGCAAAACAUUAGAUGACAAGACUGCAGUUGCUCCACGUGUGGGGAUCAUAAUGGGCUCUGAUUCAGAUCUCCCUGUUAUGAAAUGUGCUGCUGAAAUUUUGGAGAAGUUUGGUGUGCCUCAUGAGGUGGAAAUAGUUUCAGCACAUCGAACUCCAGAACGGAUGUUUUCUUAUGCCUCGUUCGCGAGCGAACGAGGCAUAAAAGUUAUUAUUGCUGGUGCUGGUGGUGCAGCUCACUUGCCUGGUAUGGUGGCUGCGAUUACUCCCUUGCCUGUAAUUGGUGUUCCUGUGCGUGGUUCUUCCCUCGACGGAGUUGAUUCACUCUUGUCAAUUGUCCAGAUGCCAAGAGGUGUCCCUGUUGCCACUAUUGCAAUUAACAAUGCAACUAAUGCUGGUCUGUUGGCAGUGAGAAUAUUGGGUGUUGCUGAUGAAAAUCUUUUGUCAAGGAUGAGCCAAUAUCUAGAGGACCAAAAAGAAAGCGUCCUGCAGAAAGGAGAUAAGUUAGAAAAACUUGGCUGGAAAUCCUACUUAAAUAGUAGUAGUUAGUUGAACCCAUUAAUUUGGUGAUUCUUUUGGGUCUACUCAUUUUUGGAAAACUACAAAAUUUUGAUAGACAUUUGAUACAUUGGGUGUUUAGACCCCGGGGUAUCAAUAAGUAGAUUGAGAAUCGACAAGAAAUGUUAUGUAAGCAUACAUUAUAUUUUGUUUACUAAAAUUAUAUAUUUCCUAGUGCUAACAUGUAGCUGAAGAGAAGAAAAAUAUUGUCUAGCUGAUGAGUCUAGAGUUUGCAUCUAUUUGUUAUUCCACUCAUUGUUGUAAUGUUAUUUAUAAAGGUUUCUGUUAGUGAACAACGAGAUUAAACACAUAUAGUUGAGGCCAAAUUAUGGCUAUAGGAUUAGUAACUUUCAUUUGUAUGUUUGAUUUAGUACUAUUUGGACAUGUUGCAAACCAUUUGGUGGUUGGUUCAUCGCUUCCAGUAGCUUUUAUAGUGGUCUGUUACAUGUCUGAGGUAGGUUUCUCAAUUUGCAUGGCAUCCAAAAUGUUAUGAGAAUGACCACAUGGAUUGAUGUA